AUGGCGUCUAUAGAGCCGCGAGGCCAACCGAUCGACCUCCACGAUUUGAGCGAGCACAUACGCGCCUCGAGAGGCGGUUCCCAGCGGCCGUGGCCUCGGCGCCAAGACAGCAAAACCAAAGACGAGUGGCACGUUAUCGAGGUCGGCAGCGAUACCUCCAAGGAAUGGGCAAGAAGCCCAAAAGUCGAAGAAGCGUGCUCGGGAUACCCGUCGCCUUUGGGGACCGCCACGCCCUUGUCGUAUAGCACGAAUUUCCUCCAUCCCGCCACGCCCGAUGGCCAGGAGUCGACCUUCACCCCGAGGGGGGACGAGUUCAACGACACCGCCUCCCUCACGGCGAUGUCGAACAGAGACGGGAGAAAAAAGUCCAGCAACAGAUUCGUGUGGUGGACCUUUGGCCUGUGGUUGCUCGGGGUGCUGAUGAUGACGUUGACGACCGUGUACUCGACCGGCUCGGCCAAGGCCUUGAUGAGGAUGAACUUCUUCGUCAUGUCGUCCAAGAACUCCAUCUUGAUCCUGCGCGUGCUGACGGAACUCUGCGCCGUUACCCUGGCUGCCCUCGUUGUGGUCGUUGUCGAGGACUUGCAAUGGGCACUGGCAUCUCGCCCUGGCGGCGUGAGUCUGUUGACCUUUGUUGGGCUCGAUAGCGGCACAGGCGUCUGGGGACUCUUGCGCCUCCUGGCGACGGCCGAGUGGAAGCAGAAGUACUCGAGUCUGUUCCGUCUUCUGGUCAUCUGUUCAAUCCCUCUGCCGGGCAUUAUCCUAAUGGGUGCUCUCUCCAUCGACAUGGUCACCUUUCCUGAAAAGACGUAUAACGUGUCUGCUGGAAUUGGCCGUUUUAACGCCUCGUACGUCUACCAGAUCCGCCAGUCCACAGCAACAGCAUUGUUGGUGCAAAUGGGCAGCCCUGCCUGGUCUGACAGGGAGUCCUUCUCCGUGGACCCUCUGGGCGAGGGUCUAGGGCAGUGUAUUGGCGCGAACGGCAAGGGGGUGCCGUGUGACGAGUCUCACAUACUCACAGGCGGCGUGUUUGCCGUCGCGCCGCAAACCGAUGAUUUGAAGCAAUACCCAAGCGCGGGAGCAUAUGUCGUUCCCAAAACGCGCAUCGUCCAGCUAGAGUACGGCAAAGUGCAGGACCUCGACGGCCUCCGCUCGACCGGCAAAUGUUUCCUUCUCGGCGCCGCCCACGCCGCCUCGUACUGGUGUGCCGAUGUCAGCGAGGGAAACGGAUUUCUGUUUGGCUCGGCAUAUUGCCCAAUCUCGCUGCAAGUGAAGAGCGCCUGUCUUAACAACACAGACUGGACCAACCGCCUGGAGAUUUCCUCCUCGCUCUUUGUGUACUCGCGUCACGCGACCGUCACAUACGAUCGGAGGAACUUUUCCAUCCUGGCAGUGUCCGACAUGUCUCCGGCGCUCCAAGAGAUCAUCACCCUCGAGGAGUACAUGCUGUCGCUGUCGGCGGUCGUCCCAGGCUUCAACACGAGCGCGGCGGCGACCAAGGGGGACAACUCGGCCCUCGCCAUCUACGCCGUCACGGCGCUGCCGAUCAACGAGAGCGAGGUGGCGAAGAAGCAGUCGCUCAAGGCCAUCCGGAAGGCCAUGUCGGUGCCGUUCCACUACUUCCAUGCCAACUACUUUUCCAGCGGGCCCUCGAUCUGGGAGCUCAAGGGGCCCCGUCAGGGGCUGUCGGAGGACAUGUACACGACCAUGUCUAUAUCGAUCCUCAGCCACCAAGUCGUGGCGGGCAAGGUCAGCAGGGCGCUCUUCGUAGUCGUGAGCGGGCUGAUCCUGCUUCUCUCGGCGGCCAUCAUCAUAGCCACGUCGAGGGUCUGUGUGAAGAGGCCAGAGAGGUGCGGCUACCCAACGCUGGACUUUGCCGCCGUGUGUGCGAUGAAAGGAGGGAUGCAACCUGCACCACCACCAUCAGGAUGGGCGGAUAGACGAGAGGCGGCGGAUGACAGCCCGCCGGACCACGUGAACAGGCUACACAGGAGUCUGACAGAGUUGGGCAAGAAGCCUAAGUCUUUCGAGGUUGCGAAGAAUAUCCAGAACGAUAGAGUAAUCAUUGGAUAG